AUGGAACGGAGACAAAUUGCUCAACUUUGGGAUAACUUCAAUUCAAACUGCAGUGAAGCAAAGCAAAGUCACCCAAAUGCUGAUGGUAAAUCAGCCAGUAGCAGUUGUGCUCCAAACAUGCCACCUGAAAAUCAAGCAUGGGGGACACAAGCACCUCUGCUGCGUCAUGUGAGCAAUGCAGCCCGGGCUCUCAGCCCGCUGCACUGCGCUCCAGGAGCCACGGGCCGGGCAAGGGCGCAACAGCCUGCUUGUUACUGGCAAAGGCACUCGCCCAUCACCCUGCUACGGGAAGUGGCUGCUUUAGCAAAGCUAGAUGAACGUGAGAAGCUGAAGGCAGCCAGGCAAAACUCCCCAGGAAUGCGGGAAGAGGCUGAGCUGCCAUGCAAAUGGCAUCUGCACCCGAACAUCGGAAUAUGCGAUGGCUAUUUCACAACAUACUGGGAGAAGGAAAAUCCCCAGGAACCCUCCUUGCUCCCGCCUGCAGUGGAGCUGAGCAGCUGCAGCCGGAUCCGCUACGUCACCAUGACCGGGCUCCUUCCAGAUGCGCUCGGAAACAGUUGCGCCCUGGUUCCCACUGAAGCACCCAGACCCGUGGGACAAGCCGUGGUCCUGGAGCGCUUGGCUUGCGCUGCGCCGCUUGCGCUGCUUGCCGAGCUGCAGGAAUCCGCUCCGUGCAUGAGCCCACCGCAUAACUCUAUUAAGGAAGCUCGCACGCUUCAUGCGCCACCGAGCGGCUUAAAUUUGCGCUCGCCUCGGUCUCCUGCUCGGCCCCGAGGGCCGUCGCUUGGACAACGGGCGAGCAGCGGCGAAGACGAUGCCGCGGCGCGGGCCGCGCUCCGUGCGGGGCGGCCCUGCCGCCCGCCGCCGCGCCGAGACCUCCGUGCGGGUAGGGAGCCGUCGGCACCGGGCACCGGGCUUGGUGCGGCCGGCACUGAGAGCGCCUCUCUGUCUGCCCUGCAGGACUUCAAGGUGGGGAACCUCCUGGGGAAGGGCUCCUUCGCGGGCGUCUACAGAGCGGUGUCCCUGAAAACCGGUCUGGAAGUGGCCAUCAAGAUGAUAGACAAAAAGGCCAUGCACAAAGUUGGAAUGGUACAAAGGGUUCAAAAUGAGGUCAAAAUACAUUGCCAGCUAAAGCAUCCAUCUAUUCUUGAGCUUUAUAACUACUUCGAAGAUAGCAACUAUGUGUAUUUGAUACUUGAGAUGUGUCACAACGGUGAAAUGAGCAGAUACAUAAAGAACAGAAAGAAACCCUUUUCGGAAGAAGAAGCCCGACACUUCUUGCACCAGAUUAUCACGGAUAUGAAUGUGAAAAUUGCUGAUUUUGGACUAGCAACUCAGCUGAAAAUGCCCCAUGAGAAGCAUUAUACAAUGUGCGGAACUCCGAAUUACAUUUCUCCAGAGAUAGCCACAAGGAGUCCACAUGGACUUGAAUCUGAUGUGUGGUCUUUGGGCUGUAUGUUUUACACUCUUCUGAUUGGAAAGCCACCUUUUGACACUGACACAGUCAAGAACACACUAAAUAAAGUGGUAUUAGCAGAUUAUGAAAUGCCAGCCUUUUUGUCAAGAGAGGCACAAGACCUUAUACAUAAAUUACUCCGGAAAAAUCCAGCCGAUCGCUUGAGCCUUUCUUCUGUGCUGGAUCAUCCUUUUAUGUCCCGAUGCAACUCUGCGCGGAAUAAAGAUUCGGGAACUUCAGAGGAUUCUAUGGACAGUGGAAAUGCUACAAUCUCUACCACUUUUACGGGCUCUUCUAGCAUCAGUACCAGUGGCUGCUUGAAGGAAAAAAAGAAGUUAUUAGUUGGACAACCCCUUCCAAAUAAAAUUACUUUUUUUCCUAAAAAUAAGAAUUCCAGCAACUCUUCAUCCAUAGAUGGAAGCAGUUCUUGUAACCAGUGGGGAGCUCAAGGAAAGGGAAUGAGCCUACCUGGCAGGGGAAGAGCCAUGCAACUCGCUGAAGAGCGGCCACAUUCACGCUAUCUCCGACGAGCCCAUUCUUCUGAUAGAUCUGGCGCAUCCCAUAGUCAGCCUCAAGGAAUGGCAAAUGUUGCAGAGAGAUGUCACUCCUUGGAACUGCUUUCCAAGCCUAGAACAGGAACAAGGGAAAACCUGGAAUGCUUUUCACCUGUAAACAGCUAUAGUAAUAUGGGAGAAAUAUUUAGGGAGAAGACUUCAAGUAGUUCUGGUUCUUUUGAAGGACAAACGUCUCCACCUGUGAAAGACCAGCCACACUCAAAUUAUCUCUGCCCAAUGAAGCCCCAUGUUGGUUUCUUAGAGCAGAAGUCCCAGACCGAAAACAUGCAGCAGUGGCUUGGAACCAUACAGACAAAUGUUCAGCUGAGACCAUCUGCAGACAUGAUGGGCAACGUUAACGCACACGGAGGGUUUCAGUAUCAUCGGGUUGUACAGCAAGAUGCAUCAAGAAACACAUGGAACACCUUAAAAGAUAUAAGGAGUCCUGAUACAUCACUUGACUGCCAACAUUCUGUAAACCAGGGAAACCCGAAGAAAUAUAUCUCUGGGCUUCUCUGCAAAUCUGAGAAAAUUCAACCAUCUUCUGUUUGUGGUCUUCGGCCAACUUCAGAACAAAACGAAGCCUGGGACAAAGAACAAGCAGUGCCUCAGAAGCCCAUGCUGCGGAGCAUUGUACCGCCUCUCAGUGCUCACAGGUUAAAACCAAUCAGGCAAAAAACAAAAAACGCAGUGGUGAGCAUUCUAGAUAAUGGGGAAGUAUGUAUGGAAUUUCUCAAAGAACACCAUUCACAGGAAUUUGUCAAAGAAGUUCUCAGAAUAUCUUGUGAUGGAAAUGUGAUUGCAGUUUAUCAUCCAAAUGAAGGAAGAGGCUUCCUUCUUGAUGACAGACCUCCUGCUCCUCCAGAAGACACGUGUGUGUACAACUUUGACAACUUGCCAGAAAAGUACUGGAAAAAAUACCAGUAUGCUGCGAAGUUUGUACAACUAGUGAGAACAAAAACCCCCAAAGUUACCUUCUAUACAAGAUAUGCCAAGUGCAUGUUGAUGGAAAAUUCACCCACUGCAGAUGUUGAAGUUUGUUUUUAUGAUGGAGCAAAGAUACACAAGACAGCUGGUAUAACUCGUGUGAUUGAAAAAUCAGGGAAGUCCUUCACUUUGAAAGGAGAAAGUGAAGCAAGUGUAAAAAAGGAAAUACAAGUAUAUAUGGAUCAUGCAAAUGAGGGACAUCGUAUCUGCCUUGCAUUAGAAUCUGCUGUUUUAGAAGAAGAAAAAAGGAGUGAAAGUGUUCCCUUCUUUCCAAUAAUUGUUGGAAGAAAACCUGGCAACACUGAAUCGCCACAAGCUUUAGCACCUCCAUCAUUAGAUGCUGCAAACUGUACAAAAGAAGUUAUGGCACUGGAUGGAAAUAUAGCUGCCAGUUCCAAUGCAGUUCAAACUCCAAACAUUACUCCUGUGGUAUCUUAUGAAAAGUCUACAUUUAUGACUAAUGUUACUGAAAAGACAUGCUCUUCUGUUCAUCAAAAGGAAUGCAGUCCUAAUUCGGCCCAACUUUUAAAAUCUGUCUUUGUGAAAAAUGUCGGUUGGGCUUCUCAGCUGACCAGUGGAGCAGUAUGGGUUCAGUUUAAUGAUGGAUCCCAACUGGUAGCACAAGCAGGUGUUUCUUCUAUCACAUACACAUCUCCAGAUGGCCAGACAAGCAGGUAUGGAGAAAAUGAUAAGUUGCCAGAAUACAUAAAAGAGAAGUUGCACUGCCUGUCUUCUAUUCUUGUGAUGUUUACCAAUCCAGCUGGUUCCCAUUAAUUAAAAGCAAAGCAGGUCUUUGGAUGUGACGGCUUAAUAAAAUCACUCACUAGCAUUCAAGUGAA